GUCGGCCAUCGCCCAAGUAACGGGGUGGGGGUGGGAGAGGACGACUAAGUUCUGUCUCCAUAGAGACCGUGCCCGCCGAGCAGCAACAUUACUAAUGCUGGCCGCACCGAGACGGACAGCCAAGGUCCAGCGGGAGCCACGAGUGAAGGUUGGCAAAGCUGCCCUGACCCCCGAGACCCAAAGCCCCGAUCUGCCUCCCCGAAAGCCUCGUGACCCUGAGACGCGUCCCACCUCUAGGCCUGGGGCCUCGAAUAUUUAGGCCGGGUAAGAGGAAGGGCUAAGCUGGGGAAGGGGCCGGGGUCGCUGCCCUCACCAGUCCUGGUGGUCCAGGCACCAAUCCAUGGCGCCCAAGAAAAAGCGCGGGCCGAGCGCGGGAAGCCAGCCAGGGGGUGCGGCGGCCGCGGGUGCCGAGCAGCCGCUGUCUGAGCGGGCGCAGUACCUGCAACGCGAACACGCGCUGCUCUCGGAGCAGCUGGACGCCUGUGAGGAGCGCGUGGACCAGGUGCUGCAGGAGAACGCCUUCCUGGACCGCGAGGCGCUGCGCCUGCGCGAGGAGAACCGGCUCUACGCCAGCUACGUGAGCGCCCGCGCGCAGCGCUGCGCCAACGCCAUCGUCCGGCUGGACGAGCAGAACCGCGUGGACCUGGCGCAGAUCCACUGGCAGCGGGCGGAACUGGCCUCGCUCUACCACGGGCGCGAGGACGGGGUACGCGCGCAGCUGCUGGAGAUGGAGGCGCGCGCGGCACAGAUGGCGCGGCAGGUGCAGGAGCUGCAGCCCUACAAGGUGCUGCAACUGGAGCAGCUGGCUCGGAUCCGGGCGCUGGAGCGCGAUCUUCUGCAUAUGCGCGUGGAGCACACACAGCUGCUCCACCGCGUGAAGGGGCGCUUCCUGGAGGACAAGGCGGCCUUCGAGCGCGAGGCGCGUCAGCGCGUGCAGUCCCUGGCACGGCGCGCGGAGCGGGAGGCGGCGCGCGCGCUUGUGGCGCACACGCAGGCCAUCAAGGCGGACAACGGGCGCCUGCGGCAGGAGCUGCUGCAGCUGCUCCGCCGGACCCAGCUGCUGCACGACACGCGGCGCCAGCUGCUGGAACAGCGCGAGCAGCUGCACCGCGAGCACGAGGACACGCGGGACCUGGCGCGUGUGCACGGUUGGCUGCGCAGGGGCCCCGGAGGCCCGCCGCUCUGGGAGCCGCCGGCCUCCUCCCAGCCCACCUCGCGCCCCGGGUCAUUAGCCGCCCCCAUAGGCCCGUCGCGGGCGGCCUCCCAGACCCCGUCCGUGGUCUCGUCGCGCGCGGCCUCCCGGGCCCCGUCCGUGGUCCCGUUGCGCGAGGCUUCCCGGGUCCCCUCGAUGGUGCUAUCAAUCAUGGACUCCAGGGUCCCAUCGCUGGCCACUUCAAAGGUGCGAUCCCGGAUCCCGUCCCUGACCACGUCGCGCGCAGGCUCCCGGGCCCUGUCGCUGGCGCAGUCACUCGAGGGCUCUCGGAUCUCUUCGGGGUCCUCAUUGAGGGUGUCCUCACAGGACACUCUCCGCUCCACGAAGUCUGGCCCCAAGCUUCCCUCUGCUCUGUCCCGGGAUCGGGAUCCGGCCCUUCUCCCCCCACAGUCGGAGGACAGCGUGAAUGCUGAGGCUGCGGCAGAAGCCUCCCCGGGGAGAGCCUGAACCUGCAGGGAGGGAGGCCUGGGAGGCCCUGGUGUGGGCGAGCCUGGCGCGCAGGACGCUUAGGAGGAUAAUGCAAUGGUUAAUAAAGGCGUGGCCCCCAGGCGGCUCUGA